AUGGAGAAAGAAGGAAACUAUUCGCAGGCUACAGGAAAUUAUCCUGCUAUUGACUAUUCUAUUGAAAAUCAGCAGCAGCAGCAGAUAAUGAGGCCACAAAUUGGAGAAACUUAUGCUGAUAAUACCUGUCAAAUGGUUGAUUAUAUGCUCAAUAAUCCUCCACUUCAAUCCUCUAAUUUUUGCGGUUCGACUUCGUUGGAUAAGUUGAGUUUUGCAGAUGUGAUGCAACUGGCAGAUUUUGGCCCCAAGUUAGCAUUAAAUCAAGCUAGAACUUCUGAUAAUCGAGAAACUGCAGGAGGGAUUGAUCCAGUUUACUUCCUCAAGUUUCCAGUUUUAAACGAGAGAUUGCAAGAUGAUCAAUCCCUACUGGGGGCACCUCAAGCCCUUGGAGACAAUCAAGAAAGUAAUGGUAAAGCAGUGGAAGAAGGUGGUGAAGAUAUGUUUGAGGAGAAUAACUCGGUUCAAUUAAGGUUUCACGGGAAAAAUCUUGAAAAAAACCCAGUUCCGGAAUCAGGUAAGAACAAGAGAAAGAGGCCUAGAACUAUAAAGACGAGUGAAGAAGUUGAAAGCCAAAGGAUGACACAUAUCGCAGUCGAAAGAAACCGGAGAAAACAAAUGAAUGAGCAUCUUCGAGUUCUUAGGUCCCUCAUGCCUGGUUCUUGUGUCCAAAGGGGAGAUCAAGCUUCGAUAAUAGGUGGAGCCAUUGAGUUUGUGAGAGAAUUAGAACAACUUCUCCAAUGCCUAGAGUCGCAAAAGAGGCGACGACUCUGUGGAGAUGGCCAAGGACCUAUAGGAGAUCCUUCUCUUGUGGUGCAUGAGCAGCAGCAGCCUCAACAACCAUUUCUAAUUCCGCCGGUGCCUAAUCCACUUAAUGAUCAAGUUAGACUCGUCGAAUAUGAAACUGGACUGCACGAAGUAACAGCCGAAAGCAAGUCAUAUUUGGCUGAUGUUGAAGUGAAGGUUUUAGGGUUUGAUGCACUUAUCAAGAUUUUAUCAAGAAGGAGACCAGGCCAGCUCAUUAAGGCCAUUGCAGCACUUGAAGAUUUGCAGCUUAAUAUUCUUCACACCAACGUUACUACAAUCGAACAAACUGUUCUCUAUUCUUUCAAUGUCAAGAUUACUAGCGAAGCAAGGUUUACUGCUGAAGACAUAGCAAGCUCUGUUCAACAAAUAUUCAGUUUUAUUCACGCAGAAAGCAGCAUAUGA